GACUUCACUUCUUCAAAGCUCUACACACCCAUUAUCCCACCUUGCAAUUCAACAACACUGACUACUUCACUACUUAUACCUUAUCUUACAACAUGCGUCUGAUCAUCCGUGACGACGAGACUGAGGCGUGCAAGUAUGUCGCCAAUUACGUUGUGGAGCGCAUCAAUGCCUUCCACCCUACACCUGAGCAUCCCUUUAUCCUAGGAUUGCCCACAGGCUCUAGUCCUAUCGGCGUAUACAAUGAGCUCGUGCGCAGUUACAAGGCUGGACAAGUCUCGUUCGAAAAUGUAGUCACUUUCAACAUGGACGAAUACGUCGGACUUCCUCGAGACGACCCCAACUCAUAUCAUUCAUUCAUGUGGAAGCACUUCUUCUCUCACGUCAACAUCCAUCCUUCCAACGUACACAUCCUCAAUGGCAACGCUGCCAGCCCCGAGGCUGAGUGUGAUGCGUACGAGGAGGCUAUCAAGGCCGUCGGUGGCAUCGAUCUGUUCCUGGCUGGUAUUGGUGAAGAUGGCCAUAUUGCUUUCAACGAACCUGGAUCCAGUCUUGCCAGCCGCACCAGGGUCAAGACGCUAGCCUACGACACCAUCCUCUCCAACUCUCGCUUCUUCGACAACGAUGUAAGCAAAGUGCCAAGGAUGGCAUUGACUGUCGGCGUCCAAACUGUCCUUGAAGCGAAAGAGGUCGUUGUCAUUAUCCUGGGAGCCCGCAAGGCCCUUGCGCUACAAAAGUGCGUCGAACAGGGCGUCAACCACAUGUGGUCACUAUCAUGUCUGCAAAUGCACCCACACCCUAUGAUUGUCGUCGAUGAGGACGCCACAUUAGAGCUUCAGGUCAAGACAGUCAAGUACUUCAAGAGCAUUGAGAAAGUUGCUCGUGAGCAGGGAUUCGAGCAGAUUCUCCCCUCAAAAGUACGAACUGGCAACGUCGCCAUCCCCGAAACCAAGAUCCAUAGAACCCAGAGCCCUGUCAUCAUCGCUCCUGAACCUAUCGCUUCGCACCUUUUGCGCGCAACACCCAUGGGUGACUACUCUAUGAGAACACCUUCACCUGACCUGUUGCCGGAUCGCAUGGCAUCGCGCAUCCCUGAACCAAACUUGAACCGCAGACUUACACCGAAUCUUGAAGUCCAGACCGACGUUCCUAAGACAAAGGUCGAUAUGAUCGAUAGCGCGGUCGCCAUGUCCCCCGAACAAGUUGCCUCUGAUUUACUUCUUCAACCGCCAAUGAAAAAGACGAUGCGGUCUCCUUCUCCUGAUCUAAUUCCGGAUCGCAUGGCCUCACGUAUCCCUGAGCCAAGCCUGAACGGCAGAUUGACACCUAGCCCCGAAUUGAAGAAUAGAAUGAACACUGUUGGAGCUCACUAAAUGGAGAGAAGUAGGAAUAUGAAUCGAGGAGGAAGGUUGCGCAGUAGAGAUGGGAGAUUGUCAGAAUGUAUCGAUAUAAGUAAAUCCAAAGAAAUGACCUUAAUACGGGCCUACCAUGCAGGCCGCAUAAAAACGGUGCUGAUUAGAGUAUUCAAUAUAAAUAUUAGAUCAGCUUUAGUGAGUUCUUAGCCUAAGAGCGCACUAAUAUUUCCGUCUGGUCUGUAGUUACAUCAAGCCGAAAGGCUUGCUCGCUGCUAACAUCGAAUUUGUAGUGCGAAACAGAACCAACUAGAACAAUACA